AGGUGCGCAACACUGCGAUGUGAUUGGCUGUCUCUCAGCAUAGUUUGCAUAAGCAAUUGUUCCAAUACCUUACUCAUGAACCAAUCAGGAGCGAAGACAGUGAAGAUAGUCGAUGAUGAUAACAGUAUAGAGGCUGGAUUCCAAUGUUUCACAUCACCUACAUUUUGAGAGGAACGCGUUCUGUAUAAAAACCGACGGAACAAUUUGGAUUAAGCAGAAAGGACGUCUUGUAGACCGAUAAACAAACCGAGCUGAAAUGCUGUGCAGACUUAACUUUUGCAAGUGACCAAGUUUUAAUUCAUCUCAUGCAUUGUCAAACCGGCUGAACUGUGUGAUACCUUAAAAAACACACGCUCUAUUUGUUGAAGUGUUCGCAGUAGAACUGAAACUAGCUUGUCAAACAUGGUAUUAGUAGAUCUAGUGGUGUUUCUGGUAGCUCUCGUUUCCAUCCUAAAGUUUCUAGGAUGGAGGGCUACGAGGCACCUCCGACUACCCCCUGGUCCACGCGCCAUCCCCCUACUCGGUAACUUCAAUGUCUUCAUGACCAACCGACCAAUUUACAAGGUUCUGAAAGAUCUUGCUGACAAGUAUGGGAGCGUCUUCUCGCUCAGCUUGCCUAUGGGUCGGUUUGUCAUCCUCUCAGACGUAGAUGUUAUAAAAGAAGCAUUUCAGAACCAGUCGGAAGAUUUCUCCGGACGCCCGUACGUGUAUUCAAUCAAUCUGAUGACUCGUAAUAACUGUGGCAUUGCGUUCAGUGACUACAGUCCGGCAUGGCGUGUACAUCGCCGCACAGCGGCCCUAGCCAUCCGGCAUAACAUCAAAGGACACAACUGCAAACCUACCUCGGCUAAGAUCGUGCAAGAAGUAGAAAGACUCACCUGUAUGCUGUCCAAGAAAGAUGGCAUGUACUGUGAUAUCAGUGAUGAGCUGAACUUAGCAGUCAUGAAUGUAAUUUGUGAUAUGACUUUUGGACAGCGCUACGAAAUCACAGACACAGAGUAUAAAGAAAUCUUGGAGAGUAACAGAAAGUUCACUGCCGUUCUAGAACCUGGAGAUCCUAUAGACAUCAUACCAGCACUCAAGAUAUUCCCAAGCAAGAAGCUUCGUAUGGUGCAGGAAAUCGUUGACAUGCGAGAUUCCAUCCUUCAGAAGAAAUACGAAGAUCACCUCAGCACCUUCGACCCCGACAACAUCCGGGACCUUACUGACGCAUUUGUGGCGGCCAUGUUGGAAAGCAAGAAUGCGGGUAGUGACAUCAUCUUGACAGAUGACCACGUUGUCAUGGCAAUGUGGGAGCUUUUCACUGGUGGUUAUGAGUCCACGUAUAAGACGCUAAAGUGGGCGCUGAUCUUCCUCCUGAAUAACCCACAGGUGCAAACGAAAAUUCAAGAAGAAUUAAGUGCAGCGAUUGGCAAUCGACUACCACUAUGGAGCGAUCGGCAAAGCCUCCCUUAUCUUGAAGCUACAGUUAUGGAAACAUUAAGACGUAGCUCAUUCUCAUCACUCAAUGGGCCAAGAAGGGCUAUAUGCGACACCAAAGUGCAAGGCCUUGAUAUCCCUAAGGACACAACAGUCUUCUGUAAUCUGUGGUGGGUUCACCAUGAUCCAAAGCACUGGAAAAACCCCUACAGUUUCCAACCAGAUCGCUUCUUGGACAAUGACGGCAAGGUCUUCACACCCAAGAGUUUCAUGCCAUUCUCAGUUGGGCGUCGGGUUUGCCUGGGUGAGAAUCUAGCAAAAAUGGAGCUGUUCAUGUUCCUUGGGGGCAUAGUGCAGCGAUUUCAUCUAAAGACCCCCUCUGGGGAGAGCCCGCCCGAUUUCGAACCUUUGCCGGACAUGAUGCGAUCUCCACGAUUCUUUCGCCUCCAGGUUGUUAAGCGAUGAGAUAUAUUGGUCUUAAAGGGACACGCUACCAUGGACCGGGCGAGUUGGUCUAUGAAAAGCGUUUGAAACCGUUUGUUAUGAA